AUGCGGGGGCUUGUGGUCCUGGUUGUUGUGCUGGUUGUGGCUGGAACCACAGUUUUCUUCCCCUUUGUGAUGAGAGGCAGAGAGCUCCUGCGGGGGAAGGCUAAAAAUUCACACGUUCUCAGCGUUGUGGAAGCAAGCCGGCUCAUGGUGGAUAAUGCUGUCUACCACACCAUGAAAAGAAACCUCAGGAAGAGAGACAUCCCCUCCCCAACCCAGCUGUUGUCAUUCUCCAAGCUUCCUGAGCCCACAAGCAGGGCUAUUUCCCAAGCAGCAGAGAUCAUGGAAACUUCAAUCCAGGCCAUGAAACGUGAACAGCUCCCCACUGAUGUUUUGUCAGCAGAUGCCCUGAGCACAAUUGCCAACCUGUCUGGAUGCCUGCCUUUCAUGCUACCACCAAGAUGUCCAGACACCUGCCUAGCAAACAAAUACCGACCCAUCACAGGGGUUUGCAACAACAGGGUCCAUCCCAGGUGGGGAGCCUCCAACACAGCCCUGGAAAGAUGGCUGCCUCCUAUCUACGAGGAUGGCUUCAGUCAGCCCAGAGGCUGGAACCCCAACUUCUUAUACAAUGGCUUCCCACUGCCCCCGGUACGGGAGGUGACAAGGCACAUCAUUCAAGUUUCAAAUGAGGCUGUGACAGAAGACGACCAGUACUCUGACUUCCUGACAGCAUGGGGCCAGUACAUUGCCCACGACAUUGCUCUCACACCACAGAGCACAAGCACGGUGGCCUUCUGGGGAGGCACUGACUGCCAGCUGACUUGUGAGAACCGAAAUCCAUGCUUCCCCAUACAGCUUCCGGUGAACUCCUCGUCGGCCGCGGGGCCCACUUGCCUGCCCUUCUACCGCUCUUCGCCCGCCUGUGGCACGGGUGAGCAAGGCGCACUGUUCAGCAACCUGUCUGCGGCCAACCCGCGGGAGCAGAUGAACGGCUUUACCUCCUUCCUGGAUGCCUCCACGGUGUACGGCAGCUCCGCGGCCGCCGAGGAGCAGCUCCGCAACCGGAGCAGCGCAGCAGGGCUGCUGCGGGUGAACGCGCGCCACCGCGACGCCGGCCGCGCCUACCUGCCCUUCGCGGCGCCCGCCGCCUGCGCGCCCCCGCCCGCCGCCCCGCGCGGCCCGCGCUCGCCCUGCUUCCUGGCCGGCGACAGCCGUGCCAGCGAGGUCCCCGCGCUCACGGCCGUGCACACGCUGUGGCUGCGCGAGCACAACCGCCUGGCCGAGGCGUUCCGGGCGCUCAAUGCCCACUGGAGCGGCGACACCAUCUACCAGGAGGCGCGCAAAGUGGUGGGCGCCCUGCACCAGAUCAUCACCAUCCGGGAUUAUGUUCCCAGGAUUCUGGGUCCUGAGGCUUUCAGGCAAUAUGUGGGCCCCUAUGAAGGCUACGACCCCACCGCGAACCCUACUGUGUCCAACGUCUUCUCCACAGCCGCCUUCCGCUUUGGGCACGCCACGGUCCACCCGCUGGUGAGACGGCUAGAUGCUGACUUCCAGGACCACACAGGCCACCCCACACUGCAGCUCCAUGAUGUCUUCUUCAGCCCCUGGAGGCUCAUUCAGGAAGGUGGCUUGGACCCGAUAGUACGAGGCCUUCUAGCCAGGCCAGCCAAGCUGCAGGUUCAGGAGCAACUGAUGAACGAGGAGCUAACAGAGAGGCUCUUUGUGCUGUCCAGCAUGGGCUCCUUGGAUCUGGCAUCACUAAACCUGCAGCGGGGCCGCGACCACGGCCUGCCAGGUUACAAUGAAUGGAGAGAGUUCUGUGGCUUGCCUCGCCUGGAAAGCCCAGCUGAGCUGAGCAGGGUCAUUGCCAACAGGACUGUGGUCAACAAGAUAAUGGACUUGUACAAGCAUGCUGACAACAUUGAUGUCUGGCUGGGUGGCCUGGCUGAGAACUUCCUGCCCAGAGCCCGCACAGGUCCCCUAUUUGCAUGCAUCAUUGGCAAGCAGAUGAAGGCCCUGCGGGACGGGGACAGGUUUUGGUGGGAGAACAGCCAUGUCUUCACGGAUGCUCAGAGGAGGGAGCUGAACAAACAUUCACUAUCUCGGGUCAUCUGUGACAACACUGGCCUCACCAGGGUGCCCAUGGAUGCCUUCCACAUUGGGACAUUCCCCCAGGACUUUGAGCCCUGUGAAGACAUCCCUGGCAUGGAUCUUGAAGUAUGGAGGGAGACCUUUCCACAAGAUGACAAGUGUGGCUUCCCAGACAAGAUGGACAAUGGAGACUUUGUGCAUUGUGAGGAAUCUGGAAAGCGUGUUCUGGUGUAUUCCUGCCAUCUUGGAUAUGAGCUUCAAGGGCCUGAGCAGGUCACAUGCACCCAGGAUGGCUGGGAUUUGCAGCCCCCUAUCUGUAAAGAUGUCAAUGAGUGUGCAGACCUGACACACCCACCCUGCCACCCCUCCGCAAAGUGCAAGAACAGCAAAGGCAGCUUCCAGUGUGUGUGCACAGACCCCUAUGUACUUGGGGAGGACAGAAGGACCUGCGUAGACUCUGGCAGUCUCCCACAGGCAUCCUGGGUCUCCAUCGUGCUAGGCGCACUCCUCAUCAGCGGCUUGGCAGGUCUCACCUGGACAGUGGUUUGCAGGUGGACACACGCUGAUAGGAAAUCUACACUACCAAUCACUGAGAGAGAUACAAGAGUGACUGUCCAGCCAGGAUGCAAGAAGAGUAAAGAUCCAGGGACUUCACCGCACAGGCUGACUGCAAGUGAGGUGGAGCAGGUGCUGUAA